UCAUGACUGCCAAUCGUGCUGUGCACAAAGGAAACUACACUGUUGCUUUUGAUCUAUACAGCAAGAUCCUCCACGAGAAACGUCAUCCAGUAGCAUAUCUUAACCGCGCCUUAUGCUACACCGCAGAGAAGAAGCCACAUCUUGCGGUCAAUGAUGCCCUCAGGGCAUAUAUGAUGGCUCAAGCGAUGAUCGACGUUAAUCGUGACAGAGUUGCAGGUAACGACCACAUCAGGAGAAUUGACAGAGACAUCUCCAGCUAUAGAGACGAUUGUACCCAUGCACUUGCCCAGGGCGAAGAGUGGUGUAGUUCCGCAUCAACCGUUCUUCGAAGGGAACAUUCCAGAUUCAAGCUCGCAAAGAUGACUCUUGUCGAAGACCACUUCAAAGAUCCCGUCUCAGGACGAACAACAAGCACAUCAGAUGUUGAAGAUCUGAAGUUCAAGGCGUUGUUUCGCUUAGUCGAUGCUUUGGCUCGAUGCGGAGCCGGUUCAGCUCACAAAGCUCUUUAUAUCCUCGACGACAAAUUCAUGGCGAGCAAGGCGAGCAAGGCUGGCCCGUCAGAAGAGCCUAUUCCGCCUUCGCUUCGCAAAGAACUCGACCUUCUCUUCAAUUCGAUCGAAAACAGGAUCUUUGAAAUCCUAUUCACCCACAAACCAUCGAUCAAAGCCCAGCAGCUGACUGCCUCUGGUCACAGUCUUCUCAAUCGUGACAGCUAUGGCUUCGCUGGCAGCCAAUUCAAUAUCGCCACCCUCAACGGUUGCAUAAACACAGUCGACGAAAGUGCAAUUGUGCGUUAUGACUUCAAGUUUGGCGUGCCCACGUCUCUGGUGGCUACUCAAGAUGUUUUCCAGGGCAUGAUUUUGUUCACGGAGAGCCUCCCGUUCGCUGUAUCGACGGCAAAAACCUGGGACACGUCAGAACUCGCAACAGUCUGCGACACAUGCGGGGCCGAUCUACAAAUUCCAUCACCAUUCGUCCUUCGUGUGUUGAUCGAAGAGCUGAGGCAUGCAGAAUCAGAAAAGACCUCGAAGCAAAAUGCAAGAACGUUGAGAAGAGCAGCUCGCUUCAAGCCUUCUCCAGCUCACCAUCGCCGUACCGCCUCGGUCGACAUCCCGGCCUUCAUAAUACCUGCACUUCCGAUCUCCAAGCUUGGCAACAAGCUUGGAACUGCUGAUGUGCGUCAUGAGCAUACAUCUGCCAAAGGAAAGGAGAGAAAAGUGGAACAUGAAGAUGAUGAUGAUGGCUCAGGUGCUGACUCUGACGAGGAUUGGAACUCCGAGUCCUCGAGCGAGGAGAGUCACACAUCUUCGGAGCACUCGAUCCCCGAUACUCCCCUCCGCGGCAGACCGACAUCCAGACCUGGUAUCUUUGAGACUGCCGAUAUCCAAGUCUGCCGUGCCGGCAACGAACAGCGACGCGAGAACUUCUCGUUUUGCUCAGUCGACUGCUAUGACUUGGCCAAGAGUACCUACCAUGACAGUGUGUGUGGUUCUCAUCUUGAAAACUAUCUGCGCGAUGCCAUCAGCACGAUGGAGCAUCCCAAGCUCCCCACCGUUGAGGCCCGAAAGCUCGGCCUGCUCCUCCUUGCUCGAGUUCUCGGAUGGGCGUAUGCCACUUCGACUGACCCGCUUGACUUGCCUGUUGUUCAGCUUCUCAUGGCAUCGCCUCGCUAUGGCCCACUUGAGAAAGGAGGUAAAGUUGCAUGGUCCUUUGACAACAACGUCAUGCGCCCGUUCCAAAUGUUGCAGACCAUGGACGGUCGUGGCGAUGCUCCAAAGUCGGUGUCCAACCCCAACUUCUCUGAUGGCCGCGUCAUCAACACGAUCAUCAGCCUCAUCCAUCGCCACAUGAACAUCACCGACAAGAUCCUCUGGACCAAAACCUACGAUGAGGAGGGCUACCACGAACAAACAUAUCCCUACGCACACAAGGUCGACACCAAAGAGGAAGAGAACGUCUCAUUCGGCCGCCUGUAUCCUCUAUGCGACCUUGUACCUCUUGCCGCCGUGCCCGAAGACGCCAACGUGGAGCUCGUUGACUUGGGAGAUGGUCGUAUCAUCUGCCUGCCCACAUUGGCCAUCGAAGACAACGACGGCAACUCCGAGCCCUGCCUCAAAAAAGGUACACGCUUGCUUCUAGAUGCCCCUAUCCCUCGCCUCGCCACAAAGGCCGAGCGCACAACCUACGCCAGAAAGGAAGACUACGGCGAAGGAGGCACAAUGAUGGACGCAGACCAAGACGAAGGAAUAAUCGAACAAGAGCCGGAAGAAGAGUACAGCGGCUAUGUCGACGAGGAGUCCUAUGGAGCCAGAGACGAGCUCAUGGACGAUAUCGACCAGGAGGAAUCAGACGAGGACUUGAUGAAUUUCUAAACGGACGUCAUGGAAGCGUGUCAAUGCGAUGAAAGAUGCCAGACCUCUUUAUUUGCUCGAGCAGGCAUCAAAUCAGACAAAGAGGUUUGCUGCACAGGCGUCAUCAAGCGGGAUCAGAACAGCUAGUUUUUUGAGAGAAAAGGGUGAGAUGGCUUUUCGGUAUCAGAAGGUGAC